ACCGUCCGUAAAUCCACAUACCAUUGGAAACAUCUUCUUUGACAUUAACAACAUUUGGCUACUGAUGAAAACAUCACAAGUGCAAUUGUAUCAAAAGUGCGUUUGCAUCUAGGUUUGAGCUGCUAAGCAUCAUAAAAUACAUCAUAAUCUUAGCCCGGAAUGUCUCAUGAAAAGUCAGCCGCAUCUGCUUCCUACCACGCCCCCGGAUCCUUCGAACCCAACAACUCUACCACAGAAGCCGACGCUUCAUCUGCUCGCCACCUACAUCCCCUCGAUAUCUCCUCCGACCCAGAUUUCCCCAACAACAAUGACACAUCCACCCCACCCGCCUACUCCGCCGCCCACCAUCCCACAUCCCUUCCACCCCGCUCCAACCGCCAAAUCCCCUCCUCCCCAAACCUCCCAAAUCUAAACUAUUCCCUCUAUCUCCCCCCAUCAUUCACCCUCUCAGCAGACAAAACAAAAAUCACCUCCAACUCCGCACACCUCUCCAAUCCCAAAACUCUACUCCCUCUCCUCCAUUCCCUAUGUACCAUUCCUCCUAAACCUAUUCUUCGAAUCGUAGGUCAGAGAGCAGGGUCUCCGACGACAGAUUUCGAUAUUAGGAUUAAUCUUAUGGCGUUAUUUAUUGGGAGUGGAGAGCGAAAGAUGAAUUAUAUGAAGAUUAUUUCUUCUGGGGAGCAAGGGUGGAGGGGCGGAGUGAGGGAAGGGAUGGAACCGGAUUUUGGGGGAUUGGAGGAAUGGGUGAGGAUGUUUUGUGAGGAUGGGGCCGCGGUGAAAGAGUACUCCCCCUCUUUUCCUUUUUUUCUAUCUUCAAAUUUAUGAUUAUUUCAGUUUCCUGCUCUGAUAUCUAUCUAAAUGCGUACUAACAUAUAUACCCACUCACCCAAAAAGAUUCAUCCUCACGCGCCACAUUCCCAAUUUCUCAACCACGCACGUGCAAGGACUUAUACUAGCACUGAUAGCGCAAACGGGAUAUCCAGGACACACGAGCAUACGAUUUCCCGUCACGCAUUCAAAAGUGGUGAUACGUGCUCCGGAUCGAGUUAAUGCAUUUUUUAGCAGUGUGACGAAAGUUUUUAUGGGAUCCAAGAACUACGAGGUGCUGGGGAGUGUGUGGCCUUUUGCGGAUGUGGAGAGGGGGGUGGAGGGGAGGAAAUGUGUGGUCAUGGGGGAGGAGGAGUGGUUUGACGAGUGAGUUUUUCUGGUUUCUGUUUUCGGUUUGUUUUGGAUUUUGGGUUUUGAGCCUGUGUGUGGGUGAGAUAUGCAUGCACAUUUUCUUUGCUAGGAUAGGAUGGAAUGCGACGGGAUGAGAUAGGACAGAGUGGCAUAUGCUAACUAAGUGUUUCUUAGAUGGAAAAACGUUAUUGGAAGGGCGGUGGUGAACGGGAAGAAGGGAUGGGUGACAAUCGAAGACCGAUUGGAGUGGUUAAUGGAGGGACAGGGAAGUAUUGAGCAAUGGCGAUGGAAUGGGCAAGGAUAUUAAAAAGGGGGAGUGGUGAGAAAAGACACAUGAGGUUGGUUGGUACUAGGACUCACCACUAAUAACCUUGAAAUUUAACGAUAGCAGCUUCAACCAUGAGGAAGAUUCCAAACAUUAAAGUAUUUACAUACAUUAGUUAUCUUGG